AUGGACGAGCUAGAGUUAGAAGAGCGUCAGAUCGUGGAGAAGGAACUUGAGGGCCAUCUAGCUACGAUGCGGAAUCUGAAAUCUCGUCAUUGGGGAGGACCUUCUGGUAUUGUGGUCCCGCCCUAUCGAGUGUUGAACAACAGUGCCCGUCCAUUGUGGAGUAUGAAGAUACGUGACUCUGAAGACCUUGUCUUUUGUCACAACGACUUCUCGACUCACAAUGUCUUGGUUGACCCAAAAACUCUCAAAGUCAAUGCCAUACUUGACUGGGAGUACGCAGGAUUCUUUCCCCAAGAAUUCGAAGGCAUGUACUUCAGGAGACCAGGCCCGUCCGUAGCUUUAGGAGAUGAGGCACAUGACGAGGACGAGUUGUUAAGUAUCAUGAAUGCCAACUGUCUUCCACUCUGA